AUGGGGGACUGGCAAGAGAGAUCUUGGGCUUGGCAUCUCAUAUGGCGUAGAAACCUAUACGAAUGGGAAAAUGACGAGGUCUCCAGGCUCAAAAACCAUAUUGAACAGAUAAGACCAGAUAGGGAUAAGGAAGAUAGUGUGGCUUGGAAACACUCGGGCAGUUUGUACUCUCCUACAAAGAGCAUUGGUGCGAUAAUGAUUGAAGAUCAAACUCCCAUUCUAUCCAAACCUAUAAUCAAUCUCGUAUGGCAAAAAUUUAUCAAUCCAAGAGCACAGUUGUCCGUAUGGUUGGCAAAUCUGGAAAAACUUAAAACUGGUGAUUUUCUUGUAGAAAUGGGGAUUAUUGACGCUCAACUAGCCGUUUGCCCAUUCUGCAACAUAGUUACAGAAUCCAAUUCUAAUAUCCUGUUUACAUGCAGUUUCUCCUGGAUGUCCUGGAUGGAAAUGUUGAAAUGGUGGGGCAUCUCUGCGGUAUUUCACAAACAAUGUAGAAACUUCAGUAUUGAGUGGUUUGGUCUGGUGAAGAGUCGAAAAUGUCGAAAUUUGUGGGGCCUUGUUUUAGGCUGCGUUAUAUGGUCUUUGUGGUAUGAAAGGAAUAAAAUCAAAUUCGAAAGGAGACUCCCAAAUCUGCACAAGUUUGACUACUCUCUGAAAAUCAAAAUAGGAAUAUGGGCAAAGAAAAUGAUGGGACUAACUAUUGUAAUGGCGUAA